AUGGGUCCUCUGUCCCCCAAAUCACAGGACUCUCUCAUCUCUGUUCUUAACUACAAUUCCUUAGAUCUGGAAUUUCUUUUUAUCAAAAGACAUGGAGGCUCUGAUUUUUCUUGUCUGAUUAGAAGUGAAAACACGGCAGAUAGCGAUCCUGAGAAUAGUCACAUGGAGGCUGUGGACCUGCUGAAGUCCACAUAUAAUCCCAUCUGUAAUGUAAUACCCUUUGUAGAACUGGAGCUCCUCACAGCCAGUGAGCUUGCAGCCAGUGACCUCAAAGGAUUUCAGCCACAGGCUUACGAGCGGCCACAGAAACACUCAGCUCUCCACUAUGACCCAGGCCUCCCACAGGACGUCACCAGUGACACCUUAAAACCAAAGCACCAGCAAAAAAGCAGCAGCCAGAACCACAUGGACUGGUCCACCAACUCUGACAGUGGACCUGCCACUCAGAAUUGCUUCAUCAGUCCAGAGUCUGGCAGAGAAACUGCAAGCACCAGCAAGAUCCCCGCUCUUGAGCCCGUGGCUUCCUUUGCAAAGGUCCAGGGUAAAAAAGGCAGUGCAGGGAGCACAUGGAGUCAGUUGUCCAACAGCAGCAAAGAUCUGCUCUUGGGAGGUGUGGUUCCAUCCCCAGGCAGCCACAGCUCACCAGCCCCACCCAGCAGCUCUGUCGAGUGCAACGGGCUUCAGCCCUUGGUAGAUCAAGAUAACGGAGUUGUGAAGGAGCCCCCAGAACCACCUACUAUAGGCAGCAAGAAAAAGUCCAGUAAAAAAGAUGUGAUAAGUCAAACCAUAUCAAACCCAGACCUGGACUGGGUCAAGAAUGCCCAGAAAGCAUUUGACAAUACAGAAGGGAAAAGGGAAGGCUACUCUGCAGAUAAUGCCCAAGAGGCAUCACCAGCCAGGCAGAACACGAGUUCUGUCAGUAAUCCUGAAAAUGACUCAAGUCAUGUCCGGAUUACUAUCCCUAUCAAGGCACCCUGUCUAGAUCCAACCAGCCAUAAGAGGAAGAAGAGACAGUCCAUCAAAGCAGUGGUGGAAAAGAUCAUGCCAGAGAAAGCCCUGGCUUCUGGAAUCACUAUGAGCAGUGAAGUGGUUAACAGGAUACUUUCCAACCCUGAGGGAAAUAAGAAAGAUCCUCGUGUCCCUAAGUUGAGUAAAAUGAUAGAGAACGAGUCCCCCUCAGUUGGCCUUGAAACAGGUGGCGAUGCCGAGAAAGUCGUUCCAGGUGGUGUGUCUAAGCAGCGGAAGCCACCCAUGAUCGUGACGCCUCCAGCGUGCACGGACCACUCUCCAUCGAGAAAGCUGCCAGAAAUCCAGCAUCCCAAAUUUGCUGCAAAACGGAGGUGGACAUGCAGCAAACCAAAGCCCACCAGUAUGCUUCGGGAGGCAGUCAUGGCCACCUCCGAUAAACUGAUGGUGGAACCGCCAUCUGCCUAUCCCAUCACCCCAUCCAGCCCUCUGUACACCAACACAGACAGUCUUACUGUGAUCACGCCAGUCAAGAAGAAGCGAGGACGGCCGAAAAAGCAGCCUUUGCUCACGGUUGAGACAAUUCACGAGGGGACUUCUACCAGCCCGGUUAGUCCCAUCAGCCGGGAGUUUCCUGGCACGAAGAAAAGAAAGAGACGACGCAGUUUAGCUAAGUUGGCCCAACUAGUGCCAGGAGAGGACAAGCCCAUGAGCGAGAUGAAAUUUCACAAAAAAGUUGGAAAGCUUGGGGUGUUGGAUAAGAAGACCAUUAAAACUAUCAAUAAGAUGAAAACACUCAAGAGGAAAAAUAUCUUAAACCAGAUCUUGUCCUGCUCCAGCAACAUUGCUCUGAAGGCUAAAGCUCCCCCAGAGACCAGUCCUGGGGCAGCAGCCAUCGAGAGCAAACUGGGCAAGCAGAUUAAUGUCAGCAAGAGGGGAACCAUCUACAUUGGCAAGAAGAGGGGCAGGAAGCCAAGAGCAGAGCUGCCACCCCCAUCUGAGGAACCCAAAACAGCCAUCAAGCACCCAAGGCCUGUUUCUAGCCAGCCGGAUGUUCCAGCCGUGCCUUCCAACUUUCAGUCACUUGUGGCGUCUUCACCAGCAGCUAUGCACCCACUUUCAACACAGUUAGGUGGGUCAAAUGGCAACCUGAGCCCCGCCAGCACUGAAACCAAUUUUUCAGAGUUGAAAACUAUGCCAAAUCUCCAGCCUAUCAGUGCUCUUCCAACCAAAACCCAAAAGGGAAUACAUAGUGGAGCCUGGAAGCUGUCUCCCCCCAGGCUGAUGGCCAACUCACCUUCCCACCUUUGCGAGAUUGGGUCACUCAAGGAAAUAACGCUGUCCCCUGUGAGCGAGUCACACAGUGAGGAGACGAUCCCAAGCGACAGUGGCAUUGGGACAGACAACAACAGCACGUCUGACCAAGCGGAGAAGAGUUCAGAAUCCCGACGGAGGUAUUCUUUUGACUUCUGCUCCCUGGACAACCCGGAGACCAUUCCGUCUGACACCAGCACAAAGAACCGGCAUGGCCACCGGCAGAAGCAUCUCAUGGUGGACAACUUCCUGGCCCACGAAAGCCUCAAGAAGCCAAAGCACAAGAGGAAACGGAAAAGCCUGCAAAAUCGUGAUGACCUUCAGUUUCUGGCAGACCUGGAAGAGCUCAUCACCAAGUUCCAGGUGUUCAGGAUCUCCCACCGGAGUUACACCUUCUACCACGAGAAUCCGUAUCCCAGCAUUUUUCGGAUUAAUUUCGAUCACUAUUACCCGGUGCCGUAUAUCCAGUAUGACCCAUUGCUCUAUCUUCGCAGGACUUCAGACCUGAAGUCAAAGAAGAAGCGUGGUAGGCCUGCAAAAACCAAUGACACCAUGACAAAGGUGCCUUUUUUACAAGGGUUCAGCUACCCUAUUCCCAGUGGAAGUUACUAUGCACCCUAUGGAAUGCCUUACACAUCAAUGCCUAUGAUGAACCUUGGUUAUUACAGUCAGUACCCAGCUCCUUUGUACCUGUCGCACACGCUCGGAGCAGCGUCCCCGUUCAUGAGGCCAACAGUGCCACCACCUCAGUUCCACACAAGCUCCCACGUGAAGAUGUCUGGUACAGCUAAGCAUAAAGCCAAGCAUGGAGUGCACCUGCAGGGACCUGUUGGCAUGGGCCUCAGUGACAUUCAGCCAUCCCUGAAUCCUCCCAAGGCGGGCAGUGCCGGUCUGUCCGGCGGUCGGCUCCACAAGAGAAAACACAAACACAAGCAUAAGCACAAGGAAGACCGGAUCCUGGGGACCCAUGACAACCUGAGCGGUCUCUUUGCAGGCAAAGCCACAGGCUUCUCCAGCCAUAUCCUUAGCGAGCGGCUGAGUAGUGCUGAUAAGGAACUCCCACUAGUGAGUGAGAAGAAUAAGCAUAAGGAGAAGCAGAAGCACCAGCACAGUGAAGCCGGCCACAAAGCUUCCAAGAACAACUUUGAGGUGGACACCCUGUCUACGCUGUCACUUUCUGAUGCCCAGCAUUGGACACAGGCCAAGGACAAAGGUGACUUGAGCGGUGAGCCUGCAGACUCGUGCACAAAGAGGUACUCUGGCAGUGGUGGGGACGGUGGCAGCACCAGAUCCGAGAGCCUGGAUGUGUUCAGUGACAUGACCCCUUCAAAUGACAAGUGGGACAGUGACAUGAGUGGGAGUAAAAGGAGGAGCUAUGAGGGCUUUGGGACAUACAGGGAAAAGGACAUCCAAGCCUUCAAGAUGAGCCGCAAGGAGAGAAGUUCUUACGACUCCUCCCUAUCUCCAGGGAUGCCAAGUCCCCACCUAAAAGUGGACCAAACGGCACCACACAGUAAGAACGAGGGCUCUGCGUCCACCAUGAUGACCAGGAAGAAGCCAGCCACAGUUGACAGUGUUGCAAUGCCACCCACCCCAGUGCUGUCACUCCUUGCUGCUUCUGCGGCAACAUCUGAUGCAGCCAGCUCCUCCCUGAAGAAGCGAUUCAAGCGGCGGGAGAUCGAGGCCAUCCAGUGCGAGGUGCGCAAGAUGUGCAACUACACGAAGAUCCUGUCCACGAAGAAGAACCUGGAUCAUGUGAACAAGAUCCUGAAGGCCAAGCGGCUGCAGAGACAAUCAAAGACAGGCAACAACUUCGUCAAGAAGAGAAGAGGGCGUCCCAGAAAGCAGCCCAUGCAAUUCGAUGAGGACUCCAGAGACCAAAUGCCGGUGCUGGAAAAAUGCAUUGACCUUCCCAGCAAGAGGGGGCAGAAGCCGAGUCUGAGCCCGCUCGUCUUGGAGCCAGCAGCCACCCAAGACACCAUCAUGGCCACCAUCGAGGCGGUCAUCCACAUGGCCCGGGAGGCGCCGCCCCUGCCCCCGCCACCGCCCCCACCCCUCCCGCCGCCGCCCCCGCCUCCGCCACCCCCGCCCCCGCCCUUGCCCAAGACCCCCCGAGGAGGAGGGAAGAGGAAACACAAACCUCAACCUCCUGCCCAGCCCCCGCAGCAGCCACCCCCACAGCAGCCCCUGCCCCAGGACGAGGAGGUGAAGGCCAAAAGGCAGAGGAAAUCCCGAGGGAGUGAGAGCGAUGGCCUUCCCUAGUGUGGGUCUGGGCGUCUGAACCUGGGGCUGGGGAACUGACACUUGGAAGUGCAGUGAGCAGGGGUGGGGGUGGAAUCCCACGAUGCAGGGACACCGAUGCCCUUCUCUCCAGAAGCUGGGCAGGCAGAAUGGCGCCAGAUGAUGGGGUGGAGCCAUCAGUAGCUCUUGGGAAAGCGAAGCAGGGGGACGCCUUCAAAAGAAGCUGGUCUGUGUGCUUUACAGCAGUUCCAAACCAAGCGGCACUUCAGUAUGGCUAGAUCCUUUGCAGGCGAGCAGAAGACCCAUCGAGGAGGAGAAAGCCGGUGGUGGUGCUCUCUGGCAGCCCCACCUGGCCUCCUGCAUCCAAGGUGCGCCUUUGAUUCCAUUGCAUUUGCUGGCCAGGAAAAUUGAAAGGGAAGCACCCUCAAUUAGGAAACAUUCCAAGGGGAGAAAAGCUGCAAAUUUCUCAACUGGCUUUGUUGUAACCCAUUUCCAUUUAAUUGGUUUUUGCUUUUAUUUUGGUUUUUCCAAGCUUGGCUAGGCUUUGGGGCACCAACAUCAUCUUCAGGUGACCUGAAUCUUUCCGUUAACCAUACAGUUUCUCAGAUGGAUUCGUCAUCAGAAGGUGGAAUUCUAGUGAUAGGCAACCUUAGACAUGCUUUCAUAUCCUUCUGUGUGCCUCUGCUAUAUCAUACACUGAUACUUAGCAUAGUCUGUUCCUACCUUUCCUUUGCCCAUUGUACUCCAUAUACCUUCUCAUUAACUGACUCGCUGCCUUCUUUUCCUUGGUACACGCCUAAAUAAUGUAAACUUUAUGUGUGUUGUAACGUCCACCCUUGGCAUGCUGUCCCAAGGAACUUGGCUUCGAAUCCCAAUCAUUGUGAAACAGAUACUCAGUAUUGAUAGAGCCUUUUUAAUAAGUGAUUUAGAGCAGCCAAGGAUAUGUUGGCCGGGGUGUCAACCAGGUUAUUUUUAUACUUAAAACAUAUCAGCAGAGAAUAAGCAGAAUAAAAUGGUUUUAAUAACCCACAGCAAAUGGAAUAACUGACAAAUCACCAAAAAUUGAAACCCCAGACCCACCAGAAAGACAAAUGUCUGGCAAUGCCUUGGUAUGUGAAUUUUCAUACAAGUAGCUAUCAUAGGUUGUUGGAAAAAAAAAAAAAAAGAAACAAAAAGACAAUAGAAUAAGUCCAUUAUCUCUUGAUAAUUAUUUCUUAAAAGCGAAUGGGAGUAAGUGUUCUUAUCUGAAAAAAAAAAAAAAAAGAAAAGAAAAGAAAAGAAAAUGCUCAAAGGGUAUCACCACUCCAAUUGUAUCAAGCCACCUUGGACAAAGUAUCCAAAUUGUGGUUGCCUUAAUAAACUAAAACAUUUUUGUACAUACUGUAAUUAUAAAUCUAUCAGUCUGCAUGGAUGCAAACUGUGUGUGACAAAUCGUCUUUUAAAUGGUCAAUUUCAACUGUACAUUUCUCAUCCAAGUUGUACUCUAGCCAUUGGUUUAGCGUGGACAGAUAUUCCAUCUCUAUCACCCAUUUCCACAGCUCAAGUAAAACAUGUUAAGAAGAUUCAGAAUGAAUAUGAAGUUAUUCCAUUGCCGUAGAUGUUUUCUAAAAGUCAGAUGUGGAAAUUUCAAAUAAGUAUUUUCAAUUUCCUCCCUUCCUCCUCCCCUUACCUUCCCCAGACAUCAAACACCUGGCAUGGUAGAUUAUAAAAAGAGAGACACUGAGAGACAGAAUUCAAUUUUCUAAUGGGAAUUAGAAUAUCUGGUUUACGUCCAAAUUAAGUUUCUUUACAGGAAGUUGGGACUGGCUGGAAAUUGUAUUAUCACUUCAAAACACAACACUAUUUCCUUAGAGUGAGAUGGAUUUUUGUUGGGAACACAGGAGAAUAAGGGAUGGAGUAUCUAUGGGAGUAAAUUUAAAAAUCCCAAGUUAAUAUGCUUGCGAACAUCACUGUUCUGUCAUGGCAUCAACAGUUGGUUGAAAUUACCCAGAAUCAUCCUAUUCUGCACUGUCACCUUGGACUUAACAUCAUUUGCUACCCACUAGGUCAGUCACAUUUAAUCCUAGCAAUAUGUAAGUUUAAAGGAAUGCAUUCUCCUGUACUUUAGAGCUUAUAUCAUAGAUACUCCAUUUGUGACCUAGGUGGACCUUUGGCAUUUCACAGAAGUUGAACAGCAAAAUCAAACCAGCCACUUUCAAUUUGUCAUUCCCAAGCCAUGUCUGAGUGGUUCCAAAGUCACCGGAGAGGAAGAUUUAAAUUAGCCCCAUUCACCCCACUAUGGCUAUGAAAGAGCAACCAUUUUCAUUCCAAUUAAACCAUAAAGGGGUUUCUCUCCUGCAGGACUUUGAAAAUCAUUUCCUUCAUCCUUUCUUUUGCCCUUCUUCCUUCUGGUGUUGUACCAUUUCCCCAACCAGGUCUGUGAGUAGACUCAGUCUUCCUGCAGAAGAGAAUGAGCUGGCACUCUCUAAGCUUCUUAAGGAAGGACCCAAACUCUAAUUGACAUUAACUUCUAGUUGGAGAGAAAUGUCAAAUAACUUAUACAUUAGAAUUUCCAAACCAGUGUAAGGUAUUCCAGGAGGGAUAUAGCAGGGUUGUAACUUAUACAUAAAUUUAGUUCUAUAGUUGUCAUGUGAGUUCAAUGCAAAUCCCCUACAUUUAUGACCCUAAGAGUAGAUUAGAAAACCACCGAGGUCCCAAACUGAGACAUGCUAAAUAGCCAUUGGAAGGUGGAAGCUAGUCCUGACACCAUACAGCUUCCUCUCUCCCCUGCCCAGCUCCCUCUUCAGUGUUACGUUACGUUUUUUUUUUU